AGCACAUUUUGCUCAAGCCUGUGGCUCAAGGCUUCAGUUUUGCACCUGUCAGCUCUUGUGCCUUCCAUGCCUGAUGCAACCGCUGCUAGAGUAUCACCCGCGCUAGUGAACCUAGCUAUUCUGGCACAGGCCACCCUGGCUGCUGACCUCAUCCUCCAUGGCGGGGCGGGCGGCUGGGAUGAGAGUGCGUGGUCCGUCCAGGUCGAUGGAGUGAUGGGCGGGAAGUCCUCGGGGGAGCUGCGGUUCCAGGAUGGGAGGCUGGUCUUCUCCGGAAUCAUCGACCUGAACGGGGGUGGAUUCUCGAGCGUCCGCGCGGGCAUGGAGCCCAGUGACCUGAGCACCUACGACGGCUUGGUGGUCGAGCUGGAUGCGGCGGCGUACGUGCCGAGCAGGGCGCCGCUCGGGGUGCACCUCCAGUUGCGCCACGCCUCCUCUUUCUGGAGCUUCGCCGCCGCCUUCGCUGUGCCGUUCGCGGACGAGGCGGGGGCAAGCGCCCGUGUGUUCCUGCCCCUGGCGGACUUCGACCGCGGCAGCGGCAUGGGCUACACAUGCAGCGUGUGCUCUUUGGAUACGACGAGGAUUGUUGGCGUGGACGUGUACGUGCUUUUUCAGGAGGGGCCGUUCGAGGUUCGGCUGCGAUCGAUCACAGCGGUGCAGCAAGCCCAAAGGUUUUCGUCGCCCCCGAUAUCGUUGCUCUCGUCUGGCGCUGUCCAGGAUUUUCUGGAAUCCGCGGUCGAGUCUGGCGCUUCCCUGUACAACAAAGGAUACACGGAGCUCUGCAUCGCUGUCUACGCCUCAUGCUUGAGCAGCCUCGGUGUGUCCACCGGCCCAUCCGAUGGCGUGAAGGGUGUGGCGUGCGCUGGGCUCAAGGCGUCUGGGCAGGGCAGCAAAAGCCAAAGGGCGUUCGCACUGCGUAGCACGAUUGACGCCAUUCUUGCAGACCUGCAGGGGGCACCUCGCGACAGCAGCCUUUCUUGGCUGCCCAGCUCCAAUGCAGCCUCAGCUGCGUUGGACACUUGCCAAGCAAAUUUUUCUGUCGACGUGUCCAGCAACUUCCUACUGGAGGGACCAUCUUCCACAGUUUCCGGUGCUGUCGACGGCUUCGAGGGCCCAUUUUCUGGCAUGGGCAUUUCCGGCUACAACGAUCUGGGUAAGCACAUGGUGGGAAGCCCCGCCGAGUGUGCGGGCCUGUGCCUCGACAUGGCCACGUGUAGCAGUUUUGAUUAUGGUGCUCGUGGAGAUGUGGAGGGCGAGUGCUGGCUGAGCACAGCCGAUCGGAUUAGCGCAGGGAGUGCGUACACUUAUGGGUAUAUUACGAUUACUAUGAGGUGGUGCCAGCUGUGGAUGCGGUGCCGGAGGUUAGCAGUAGCCAGGGAGCUGGCGGUGAGGACAGUUCUGACAGCACUGCGUCCUCGGCGUCCUUUAGCUCCGUGUGCAAGUGCGGUUUCGUUGCUUCAGUGGUUCUUCGGAUCAUUUUCCAAGUGCUUUCACAUGCGACACACUGAUGGCUUGAUUGUCAGUUUCGGUUGGGAAGGUCGCUGGUGGCAGAUUUGCACGCUGGCCAGCUAGAGAGUGUACAUGCGUAAUGAUAUCUGCAACUCUGUGGCUGUGGUUCUGACUGGCACACUGGCGCAAGACCAGUUUUUACAAGCUGAGCACCAGAGACCACUGUAUCACAUACACCUUCGCAAGCCUGUGUUUUUUUCGAGCGGGAGUCGCCGGCCUCACCCCUUUCUGUUGAGACCCGUCCUGCGUCCCCCCGACCUUUGCGGUGCUUGGCCUGGAGGGCAUGCCCCAAGAAGAGGCCCUGCAGCUGCUCGCCGACGGCCUCCUCGCACAGCGCCUUGGGGUCGCCUUUCGGCGGCUCUCCGCGCAGUGCCACCCCGACAGGGGGGGGAGGGAGGUCGCGGCCUUCCAGGCCCUGGGGGACUGCGCGGGACGAGCUGACGCCGCCUUGCGCCUCCCCUCUCCCGGCAGAGCUUUUCCCCGAGUUUUCCUGGGAUCGCCUCGGCGUCUCCGGCCUCCCAUGGGGCUGGCGGAUGACAUCCGGCAUGUCGCGGGGACAGAGAAGGAUGGGUUCCUCUGACGCCAAAGAACGCACUGCCUAACCUGAACGGCUUCAAGG